AAGAUCGACCCUUUACAAAUGGCGACUCACGUCGAGACACGCUGCCCCUUAUAACCGCACUCUCCUAAUCGCCCAUUUUUCUGUGUAAAUAAACGUUGAAAAACUCGAUUGAAGUGACAAAUCAACGUGAAAAACCACAACCUAAAUUAACCAGCCGGAGGAGUGUAGAAACUCAGUUGUUAAAAAUUAAUAAAUCAAAUUGAAAAAAGAGGAGUUAGAAUGGGUAACGUUAUGGCAGCCUCGGCACCUCCACCACCGCCACCCUCGUCGAUUCCAUCAUUAUCAUCACCGAGUCUUCCGAAGGACCAGCACCUGGGACAGCUCUCGGAGGCCCCCACCAAGCUGGAGAAUCCUGGCACUGUCGAGGAUCUCCAUAAACUCUGCAAAGAUGUGUUUCCAUCCAACUUCGAGGGCGCCAAGCUCAUCAUCAACAAGGGACUCAGUAACCACUUCCAAAUAUCUCACUCCAUCACUAUGAGCUCGGUCAUCAAGUCUGGAUACAAGUUCUCAGCAACGUACGUAGGAACCAAACAAACCUCUCCCACAGAGGCAUACCCAGUCCUCUUUGGGGACAUUGAGCCUGGAGGUAACAUGAAUGCAACUAUUCUCCACCAGUUCACCCCCAGGAUGAGGACGAAAAUUGGGGCCCAGGUUCAGAGGAGUAAGUUUACAGUGGUCCAGGGAACCACUGAUUACCGUGGAGAUUCUUACACCGCAUCGUUGACUGUCGCCAAUCCGGAUAUAAUCAACAAUUCUGGGGUUGUCGUGGCUCACUAUCUUCAGAACAUCAGCAAGGAGUUGGCACUUGGUGGAGAACUGGCAUAUCAACGAGGUCCUGGGGUGCCAGGUGGUGCUAUUGCAAUUGCAUCACUCGUGGGGAGAUACGCCAGUGGGGACUCAACCAUCAGUGCUAGUAUCGGCCCUGCAUCGUGCCAUAUAUGUUUCCAUCAACGGGCUAGUCCGCAGCUCCAAGUGGGGGUGGAAUUGGAUGUUAACACGAGGAUGCAAGAGUCAACAGCAACUAUAGCUUACCAAAUUGAUCUGCCAAAGGCGGAUCUUGUGUACAGAGGGAGUGUCGAUUCAAAUUGGACAGUGGGUGCAGUAUUGGAGAAGAAAUUACAGCCCCUGCCCUUCACAUUUGCCCUGAGUGGUCUUCUCAAUCACAGCAAAGGACAAUUUCAGCUCGGUUGUGGAUUAAUUCUCGGUUAAAAAACGCCUCUCCUCACUUCGGCAUUAAAAUUAAAAUUAGCUCCCUAAACUAAAUAAAUAAAUUUACCAAGGAAAACAAAUAAUAACAACGUGAGAAAGGAACCACUGCGACUGACCUCAGACUUUUAUUCACUGUGAAUACAAUUGAUUUGUCACAAACGUAUUGUUUCAUUUAUAAAAGAGAUUUCUGAUAUUUUCAUUAGCACGAUUUCUUGUUUGUAUUAUCACUCUGUCAGUCAACGUAAUGAACAAAUUAUUAGCCUUUUAUUUUCGAGUGGACCUCGGGAAAAUGCCUACGUCUAGGUGCCACAGUUGUGUUAUUUGAUUCUCGAGGAAAAUUGAACGAACCAUGUCGACAAAUUUACUUAACACUCAUCCGGUGUUUAACUGUAUUUCUGUAAUAUUAAAUAACAAAUUACAAGUAACGCAAAGCAACUGCAUGCAUUUAAGGGGAAGUGGAAGAAAUUGACAUUCGAACUGUGCAUUGAACGAACCAAUGUUGAAUAGAGAAUUAUAUUGUUGAA